AUGAGUAGCAUUAGUCCUAAUUGUCAAUAUUUAAAAGAAGAAUAUGACAAUUGUUUUAAUCAUUGGUUCUCGGAAAAUUAUUUAAAAGGUGAUAGAAUAGAUAAAUGUGGCGAAUUAUUUAAAAAAUAUCAACAAUGCAUUAAGGAAGCAAUUAAAGAACAUAAAAUACAAUUAUGGGAAUUACAACAAGAUUCAUCUAUUCCAACGGCUACUAAUUCAUCCAGUGGAACAGUUAUUGGUAGAGACUUAAAUAAGCGCUCAUUCUCCAGUUCAUCUCAGAAAUAUCAUGAUCGUCUCUCAUUACAUUCGGAUGAUAAUACAUUUGAUAAUAAUGUACUUGUCAAUAAUAGUAACAGCAAUAAAGGAGAAAACAAAUUGAAUCGACAAUCAUUACGCAAUCCCCAUUUGACAUCGACCAUUGUCUCAGAUACUCUCGAUUGCACAAUUCCUAACGAUAUAGUAUUGGAAAAUAUGAUGAAUGAAGAAAGAACAAGUAUGUCAAAAAAAACCAAUGAGAAAUCUUCUACAAGCAAGCACUCAACCGAUGCAUCAUCUAGUCGCCAUCGUGAAUCAAGAAAACGUCCAGCUUCGCCGUCUUAUCUUUCGUCGACCGACGCGAAACGAAAAUCUCAUUUAAAAAGUCCCGUACAAGAUUCAUCAUUAACAAAACAAUUUUCUUCUGCACAUAAUUUUCAUCAUCCUUAUAAUAUUUCUUCAGUACCAUCUCAUCAUCAUGUGUCGCCACGGUAUCAACAAUAUCAUCGUUAUCCACAUUCCACAUAUAUUCAGUCAUCGCGUACUAGAAGACCGGCCUUUUCAUCAAAUCAAUUUGAUUCAUCAUAUACGUCUCGACGAGUUUCAUCUUUCACAUCACAAUCACGUUCACCAUCACCUCGAACGCACAGUCAACAAAGUUCUCGAUCAAAACGCCCGCAGAUGCCCACUACAGACAACCGAACUACAUCUAAGACCUCAUCUAAAGCAGUAGUUUCGAGUAAAUUGUUCAAACCGAUGAGCUCCUCUUCUUCUUCAACAUCUUCAUCGUCAAAGUCAUCAAAAGCAUCGUCAAAGAAAAAAAAUUCAACCAAAGCGCCUGCUACCAAAACGUCAGAGUAUAAAGAACAAAAGAAAAAGUCAUCUAACAGGACUGAUGGUGAGGAAGAAAUAACGGAUACAUCAACGAUAAACGAUCUCGCUACAAUAAACACGCAGAAUGCUAAUACUGGCAAUUCGAACAUGUCAAGUCAACUACAUGUUGAAGACAGAGAGCCAUUAUCCCUCAACAGCAAUGCUCAAUCAUCUGAUUCAAAAGAUGUACAACCACACGCCGUGAAGGCAAAAGACAAAUUUCGUAACGAUGUUGAUAUCAGUGAAGACGGUUGUCAUGGUCGUCUUGACACUCUUAACGAUUAUGCAAAACUAGACCUCGGCUCUGCAUUAUAUCAGUAUAAAGGAAAUAAAAAUGAACCACUGACACCAACAUUGUUACGAAGUCUUGUUAUUCAGGAUAAAUACGGAAAAUCGUUGACAACACCUACUCCCCUUUGUUUAGCAGUACAAAACGAACAAUUGUCGACUACAUUAUUUUCAACAUUGAAUACAUCUUCCGUAGCAUUGCCGACAACAGAUACACCGCUUGUUGAUUUAACAGAAAUGUUAGACCUUGUUUUUUCGUCAAAAUCGCUACAACAAAACCCAUUGAAGAUUAUGAAUAGAAAUCAGCAUCAACAAUCAUCAUCAAAUGCUGUCGUUGAUGUGAAUUCAUUAUACAAAGAUAUUCAUGAAUUAAUUCAACGUCAAAUAACGAUUCAGCAACAACAAUUAAAACAAAAAGAACGUGAAAUGAUAUUGAAAGAAAUGGAACUAAUUGAACGUGAAAAACAACUUAACGAUCGUCUUAAACAACGAAUAACAACAGCAACAUCACCGUUAAGAAAUGAAUUAAUCUCGUCAGUGAGGAUGACUGAAAAUGAAAAAGUGAAAAAAAUACCAGUACCAUCAUCAUUAUUACCAACAAAAACAGCAAGCAUUAUAAAUAAUACCAAUCACCUUAAAGAAGCUAUGAAGCCAAUAGUUGAUAAUAAUGAAAAUAAUAUUGCACUUAAUCAAAAGAAAGGUGAAAAAAAGAAGGAAGAAAAUCAAUUGCUUCUAUUGAAAGAUGGUGAAAUUGCCAAAGCAACACCACAAAAAAUUGCGAAUGUAAGUGAUUCGGCUGAAGAAAAAGUAGAUCCAUCACAAAUUCCAAUGCCAAAUGAAAUAUUAAAACCGAAACUAAUAACUGAAAAACAUCCAUCUUAUCCAAGAAAGCUAAAAUCAAAUGGUGUUUCAGUGACAACAUCAUCGGAACCAUUUCGAUUUACUAUAAAAAAUAAUACUAUUAAACCACGUUCGAGAACAGCAGCAUUUAAUCCAACAGUGCUUUCUACAACGUUUCCAGCAGUUGACUUGUAUUCUGAAGAAGAAGAUCUACUAUCACCAUCACCACAACAACAACAAUCACAUUAUAGCGAAAAAACAUCCCUAUUAUCAGUUGAAGUCGACAAUCAAGCUGCCGCUGCUGGAUUAAGACGUAAAGUAGAAUUCACUAGUAACAAAUCACAAGAACAAUUACAAUCAACAUCAGUUUCACAAACAACCUCAAAUAAAAUUGCAACAACAACUAUACCAGUUGUUGAUUUACGUUUAACGUUAGAAAAAAAUCGAAAACGUACUAAAGAAGAACAACCAAUAUCUGAUAUAUCGAUAUCAGCGGAUGAUAAGCCACAAACUGAUGAAAAACAAAUAUUAGUGACAAAAAUAUUAAGCGUUAAAUCAAAGUCCAAUCAAGAAGUACAUGAUACAGAACAGGAAAAAGAGUUGUUGUCGAGACAAUCAAUUAGAUCUAUUGUUGCUAAAGAUGGUCAAUGUCAUUCACCAUUUCGUUCACAUCAUUCAUCCAUAAAAGAACAGCAAAGUAAAGAUUAUGUACAAAAUGGUGCAUCGAAAAAAACAAAACGACCGUAUUCAAUAAAUCAAAUGCCAACAAACCCGUCGUAUUCGUUCGAUCAUGUUCUCUCAGUUGUAGAUACUAGUCGAACGCAUUCAUAUGAAUCACAACAACAUAUAACCCAUUCAAGACAUACGCAUCAUCCACGACCAACAUCUGACGAGGCAGAUACUGAUCUUCAUGGAAGAUUAUUUCAUCCACGACAAAGAUCAAAUACAAAAAAUAAGCAAAAGUUAAUUAUGUUAUUGUCAGGCGAAGAAUGUCAACGGUUUCAAAAUCAAUUAGUUGAAUUAAAAAACAAAAAAUUAUCUACAAUUAGAGGAGAAGAAUAA